AUGUCUCCUACGGCUUGGACAAACUGGGCACAAAAUUGUUCAUACAACCGUAGUGGCAAACGUCGCCGUCGGUUCGAUGAAAUUAAUAACACGAUUGAUUGUUUAAAAAUGGAGUUACUAAUGAAUGACAUUGUGCUUAAAAACGAAAUAGAUCUUCGUAUUAACUCCGACUAUGAUCGGGCGUUGAUAUCUGCGGAAUUGUACAGGGAGAGACUUGAAGCCCUUGCGAACUCCUCAAGAUCUCAAAUAUGGCGGGUUCAAACUGGAAAUAGCCCAGUACCAGCUAAUGACUUUCAUUUAGAUUAUGAUUCAUGGAACACGAAACGAAUGAAAUAUGGUUAUGGAGAAGGUAAUUCACAAAAAAGUAAUACUCAUAACCAAGAUUGGGCUUUUAAUACAAUUCAGAAACGUAAAAAUGCUCAGCCUGUCAAGAGAGCAGUACCAAGAAAACCCACCACCACAAAAAACAAAACACAGGCAUCAGUCACUGCAAGAAAAGGAGUUGCCGCAUCAACAACUUCAACUGCUUACGAAAAUGUUAGUUCUUCUGUGAAAACAGAACCAAAUAUACGUAAAAACAAAUUAACUCAGAAUAUUCCAUCUCUUCUAUCAUGUGAUUUAUCUCAUAUUAAGUUAGAAUUUGAUGAAGGUCAUAAUAUUUUUGGCAAGUGUAAGAAUAAUUUGAUGGCACCAUUGAAAAAUUCAGCUGUUAAGAUUAAGGCUGAACCUGCUACAGAUGAGGAUGUUAUGGUUGAUGAUUUAGCAGACAGUUUAUAG